ACUUAUUGCUAAUGUAAAUACUGUGAAUGUGAUAAACUUCAGCAGUUGUUCCUACAAAAAUAUUUUUAAGUUUUCACUGCACAGUGUUUUGGCAUGUUUAAUUAAUAUGUGCAUUUUGACUUCAUAAGCGAUCUUGGAACAGUCUUUCUUCUUUUUUUUUUGGUCUUAUUGAAAUUAUCUGGGACGUGAUGUUGAGUUGUAUGUGAAUUUAGGCCUACCAUGUGUGGUUUGGUUUUUGAUUAUCAAGAAUUUCAUUAUAAGGAAAAAAAAUUCAUUCUUAUUAAUAAGAUAUGUCCUCAUCAUGUGUUCUUUGAUUCAAAAUUCAAAUUCAGCAUACUGUGGUAUGAUCCAGGCCAUUUCUUGCUCAUUCAACAUGCUGUCAUAUCAGUGGAACCUGCAAACAAGAGAAAAAAAAUCCAUAUAUUACAUUUAAAACCUUUAUUUAUUUGCUAAUCAUAAUGACUCGGAACUGGGAUGUACAAUAUUCAGUGUGUCAUAAGCAAAGAUAUGUGGAUAUAGUAGUUUAAAAAUUAUUAUUAUUACCAAACACAACACACUGAAUGAGUCUGCAUUAUGUUAAAGAAAAAUUUUUAUUGAAUGAAAUUUUAAGCCUUUGUAUCAACAUUCACAAAACACUCAAAUCUGUCAUCGUUUAGGGUUGUGAGAUAAAUUAUUGUUUGAUUUGUAUUUGUACUUCUGAAUCUAUAGAGGAAAAAAGUCAUAAUUGGAAAAUUUAUGUUUAUAACUUUAAGUUCAUAGUAGUUAAAUUAUUGAACUAUUCCACUCAUUCAUGUGAUGAUUGACCUCGUAUAUGCCUGAAAAGUGCUCUUGACUUUGAAUUAUAUAUAAAUGCACUUUUUAACAGACAGGUUUGUAGAGUGCACUUUGAUAGAAAAAAACAUGACAGUAUGAAUCUUAGUGAAGACAUGCUUACAUUAGAUGAUAUGUUACUAAAUUAAAUAUAUAGUGUUCAAAAUGUAAAAGGGGCCAUCCAGGACUGCAGUCCAAACUGAACUUGUGAGGUUAGGCACUGCAUUCCUCAGGUCAGACGUAAAGCUGUGUUCUUCAGGUAGUGGUAAGCCAGAAUUGUUAAUUGCUUUUGGCAGAAGUUUGAAGCAUAGAUGAUAAAGUGUGAAGGAUGAUUGUUUAAUGAAGGACAUGGCAGAUAUCAAAGCUUUAGAACAUCCUACAUUAAAGGUUCCUUAUGAAAUACUCAACAAGAAAUUCCGAGCUGCCCAGAAGAGCUUGGACCGAGAGGUGUCCCAUGUUCAGAAUGUGUCAUCUGACUUGGAGAAAGGUCUUCAAAAGAAAUCACCUACAGUUGGAGAGCUGCAAGUCUUGUUGGGAGGAAUGGUUGAAAAAUUAAACAUUUUAAAAAGAAAGGCAGAAGAAAGUAUAACAGAAGAAAUGGAAGCAGCUUCUGUUUGUAAACGUCGUUUGGAUCAUUUGAAAGAGCAUGCAAGCUCUAAUGAGAAUGCAAUUGCUCAGUGGAAGAAAAAAAGACUAGAUCGGAUGUUAGUUGAACACUUCCUACGUUCUGGUUAUUAUAACACUGCUCUGCGAUUGGCAAGACAUUCUAAUAUUGAGGAUCUGACAAACAUAGAACUGUUUUUAAUUUCCAAAGAAGUGGAGGAAUCGUUAGCAAACAAAGACACAUCAAAGUGUCUCAACUGGUGCUAUGAUAACAAAUCAAAACUCAAAAAGUUGAAGAGUUCUCUGGAGUUUAACCUUCGGCAGCAAGAAUUUAUUGAAUUGGUUCGAAAGGACCGAAGAAUGGAUGCAGUUAAGCAUGCUCGCAAGUAUUUUGUGAAUCUUGAAGAUGACCAGUUGAAAAAUGUCCAGAGUGUGAUGGGUCUUUUAGCUUUUCCUGCAGAGACCGAUAUUUCUACAUAUAAGGAACUUCUAGAUGAAUCUCGUUGGCAGAUGCUGGUGAAGCAGUUUCGACAAGAAAACUUCAAGCUUUAUCAGCUUAGCACCUUUUCUGUGUUUUCUGUGGCUCUUCAGGCAGGCCUUUCUGCUCUAAAAACACCACAUUGCUAUAAAUCUGAAACAGAACGUAAUCCUGAUUGUCCUGUGUGCAGCCCAGCAUUGAAUUUAUUAGCCAAACACCUUCCCUUUGCUCACUGCUCUCAGUCUAGAUUGGUUUGUUUUAUCUCAGGCCAACCCUUGAAUGAACACAACCACCCCUUGAUGUUACCAAAUGGGUUUGUCUAUGGGGAACAGUCCCUUAAUCAGAUGGCAACAGAAAAUGAUGGAAAAGUAACAUGUCCUCGAACGAAAGCCGUGUUUGACUUGAGUGAAGCUGAGAAAAUUUACGUAAUGUGAUCUUCUUGUUCAACUGUUGUAUUAUAUAAUGUACAAGCUUUCUUCACUUAAGACCAGAUAUAUAUCUUGUAGCACGUAUGCCACUCUGAAACUUGGCAUUGCUUCUAUGUAUACUCAGAUAUUAAAUAAUGAUUAAGAAAACACAUUAUUAAGAGAGGAUAAACUUCUGGAUUAGUCAAAACUCAAAUUGUAAUAAAAACAAUAAAAGCUAUUAUUAGUAUCUUAAA